AUGUCGUUCUCGUCGCUCGUCUCAGACAUUGCAUACCGCAAUCCUAGCAGGCCCGAACUGCGCUCAGCAGCCUCCGAAGCUGGACGCUCAUAUGCCAGCACAGCUGCUACCAGCGUCAGCAUAUCUGGUGAUAUCAAGAGUCAACUACACGGAGGGUACUCGCAUCCUCUAGCACGAGCAUGGCAGGCAGAGCGACAGCUUACAAAGUCGAUGCUCAUUUACCCACUCUUCAUUUCAGACCAGCCUGAUGAAGAGACGCUUAUUCCUUCCCUGCCAAACCAGCACCGCCGAGGCCUGAACAAGCUUGUACCCUACCUGAAACCGCUCGUCGAGAAGGGCCUGAAGUCGGUCAUUCUCUUUGGUGUCCCGAUCGCACCGAACGCCAAGGACGCCCUCGGCAGCAACGCAGAUGAUCCCAAGGGCCCCGUCAUUAGGGCUAUCCGCCUCCUCCGUCGCACAUUCCCUGACCUCUUCAUCACCGCAGACGUCUGCCUCUGCGAAUACACAUCACAUGGACACUGUGGCAUCUUGAGAGACGAUGGUAGCCUGAACAACCAGCUUUCGGUGGAGCGCAUUAGCGAUGUUGCCAUCUCGUACGCGUUAGCUGGUGCACAUUGUGUUGCGCCUUCAGACAUGAAUGAUGGACGCAUUCGCGCAAUCAAGCUGAAGCUGAUCGAAGCUGGCAUUGCUCACCAGGUUGUGCUGAUGUCAUACUCUGCCAAGUUCUCUGGGUGCUUAUACGGACCCUUCCGCGACGCUGCAGGCUCAGUCCCUUCAUUCGGCGACCGACGAUGCUACCAGCUGCCACCGGGUGGUCGUGGUCUUGCACGACGAGCGAUUACACGAGACAUCAACGAGGGUGCAGACAUCAUUAUGGUGAAGCCUGCGAGCCAGUAUCUGGAUAUCAUCAGCGACGCGAAAGAGAUUGGCAAGGACAUGCCAGUCGCAGCGUACCAAGUGUCUGGCGAGUACGCAAUGAUUCACGCAGCAGCCGCAGCGGGCGUCUUCGACCUGCGUGCCAUGGCUGAGGAAGCCACGCAGGGUAUUCUGCGAGCAGGUGCUACGAUCAUUGUCAGCUACUUCACACCAGAGUUCCUAGACUGGCUUGGCAACUAG